UACGGAUACCAGAUACUUGUGUUUCGAUCCUACGCGCAGAAUUGUCACGGAAAGCAGGAACCGAACGAGCGUGGUAGGUUCAUACACGACGCCGGAGAGAAAAUAAUGGGAACUGGGAAGAAGUGAAAGGAAAAUGCUUGUGUUCACCCUUCGCGUAGAACUACAAGUCUAAAAGCUCGUAUCCGGAUUCCCAAAUCCCAAGUUUCAGGUGGACGGACCAACCACCAUGGAGAUCACACACAUCGCCGUGCUCUUCUUCCUCUUCACCACCGUCAUCCUCUAUGCCCGGCGCCGCCGAGCUUCCCCGUCGGCUUACUGUCCGCACCCCCACCCCGUCCUGGGCAACACCGUGGAGUUCAUCCGAAACCGCGGGAGAUUCUUCGACUGGUACGCCGACAUGCUGCGCGCGGCGCCGUCCAACACCAUCGAGGCGUGGGGGCCCUUCGGCGCCAGCCACGCCGUCACCACCGCCGACCCGGCCGGCGUCGACCACCUGCUGCGCGCCAGCUUCGCCAACUACAACAGGGGCGCGCAGUUCCGCGCCGCGCAGUCCGACCUCAUCGGCGACGGCAUCUUCGGCGCUGACGGCCGCCUCUGGAGCCUCCAGCGCAAGCUGGCGUCCUACGCCUUUUCCUCCCGCUCGCUGCGCCGCUUCACCCAAGACGUCCUCGCCGUCCACCUCGGCCGCCGCCUCCUGCCGUUCCUCGACGCCGCCGCACUGUCCGGAGAGGCCGUCGACCUCCAGGAGACGCUGCGCCGGUUCGCGUUCGACAACAUCUGCCACGUCGCCUUCGGCGUCGAGAGCUCCACGUUCCUCGAGUGGGCUGACCCCCAGCACCAGGCGCUCUUCAAGGCGUUCGACACGGCCGUCGAGAUCUCCUUCAUGCGCACGCUGACGCCGUCCACGCCCGUGCGGAAGCUCACGAAGCUUCUCAACGUCGGCAAGUCGCGCCGGCUCCGAGAAGCCAUCGGCGUCAUAGACGACCACGCUAUGUCCAUCAUCGAAGCCAAGGAGGCGAGCCAGAGAAACAACAACCAAGCCGAGGGCGACCCGGACCUGCUCUCGCGGUUCAUGGCGGCCAUGGACGAGGAGGACGGCGGCGGCGAGCUCGCUGCCAUGUUCCCCACUCCGGAGGCCAAGCGCCGGCUCCUGCGGGACGUGGUCGUCAGCUUCGUGCUUGCCGGCAAGGACUCCACGACCUCGGCCCUCACGUGGUUCUUCUGGCUCCUUGCUGUGAACCCGCGGUGCGAGCGGCGCGUCCACGACGAGGUGUCCCGGUCGCCGGACGGCGACGUGAAGUGCAUGCGCUACCUCCACGCCGCGCUCACCGAGGCGAUGCGCCUGUACCCGCCGGUGCCCUUCAACGGGCGGGUGGCUGUCGCCGACGACGUCCUCCCGGACGGCACCAAGGUGCGCGCCGGCUGGUUCGCCAACUACUCGGCGUACGCGAUGGGGAGGAUGGAGAAGCUGUGGGGAGAGAAUUUCCUAGAGUUCCUGCCUGAGCGCUGGCUCGGCGACGACGGCGAGUUCGUGGCGGUGGACUCGGCGCAGUACCCGGUGUUCCACGCCGGGCCCCGGGCGUGCCCCGGAAAGGAGAUGGCCUACCUGCAGAUGAAGACGGUGGCGGCAGCUGUUCUCCGGAGAUUCACACUGAAGGUGCAGGCACCGACGGCCAGCAUGGAGUCGCCGCCGGCGUACGAGAUGACCGGGGGAAUGAAGAUUCUAGGCGGGCUACAUGUACAGCUCAAGAUACGGGACUGAGAGUGAUCAUCGGUGCUAAGUCAGCAACUGGACAAGAAGUGGACUAAUCGUUGUAUCCCCGCGCGCGCACCAAAUGCGACUAGUAGUCGAUGUCUGCGGGAAUAAGAGGUUUGAAAAAUACAGUAUACCGUAGAACCUUA